CAGCGCGGGAGCCGCCAUGGAGCCGCUCCGGCCUUGGCUCGUCCCGUUCCUGCUGCCCGAGCAUUGCUUCGACCAAUUCUUCCUGCGCUUUCAGCUCCUCGAUGUUCCGUGCUUGAAAAUCCUCCUGAGCAAAGUUCUGGGCUACGGGAUCGUGGCGGGAUCCGUCCUGGUGAAGGUGCCCCAGCUGCUGAAGGUUUGGGGGUCCCGCAUGGGGGGGGGGCUCAGCCUCCCCUCGGUGCUGCUGGAGCUGCUGGCCCUGGGGGGGUCGGUGGGGUACGGCUGCGCCAGGAGCUUCCCCUUCAGCGCUUGGGGGGAGUCGCUCUUCCUCCUCCUGCAGACCCUCACCCUCCUCUUCCUCAUCCUGCACUUCGGGGGCCGCACGGGCCGAGGGCUGGUGCUGGUGGCCGUUUUUGGGGCCUUUUUGGGGCUUUUGGUGUCUCCGCUGACCCCGCUGAGCUUCGUCACCGCCCUGCAGGCCCUGAACCUGCCCAUCAUCAUCCUCAGCAGGCUGAUCCAGAUCGUCACCAACGCCCGGCAGGGCCACACGGGGCAGCUCUCGGGGGUCUCCACGGGGCUCCUUUUUGGGGGGGCCCUGGCCCGAAUCUUCACCUCCCUCACGGAAACGGGGGAUCUCCUUUUGGCCUCGACCUUCGCGGCCUCGGCCACCUGCAACGGGGUCCUGCUGGCCCAGGUGCUGCUUUUGGGGGGCUCCCGGGACCCCCACCCCAAAAAGGAGUGACCCCAAAAUCCCCGGCACCCCAAAAAACCCCCAAAAUCGCCCCAAAAAUCGGGAUUUUUUGAGGGGCUUUACAGGGGAUGUUGGGGUGGU